UGAAAUGAGAUGCAUAGUUUUUGUGGAAAGGGUUAUUACAGCUAUUGUCCUUGAGGUUCUUUUGAACAAUUUGCUUCCGAAAUACAAUAGCUGGACGGCUAAAUUCAUUGCAGGAAACAGUAGUAAAUUACAAAACCAAUCAAGGAAAAAUCAAAAUCAAAUUGUUGAAGAUUUCCGUAUGGGAUUGGUCAACGUCAUUGUUGCGACAUCAAUUCUUGAGGAGGGUUUAGAUGUUCAAAGUUGCAAUUUGGUUAUUAGAUUUGACCCAUCUCCCACCGUGUGCAGUUUUGUACAGUCCCGUGGCCGUGCCAGAAUGCAAAAUUCAGAUUAUAUAUUGAUGGUUAAGAGUGGGGAUUCAGUUACACGAUCUCGAUUAGAGAAAUACCUUGAUGGUGUGGAAAUGAUGAGGAAGGAGUCCUUGCAUCAUUCUUCCCUUCCAUGCGAAAGUCUUGAAAGUGAUAAAUUUAAUGAGCAAACUUACCGUGUUGCAAGCACUGGAGCUGUUGUCAAUCUUAGUUCUAGCAUUACUUUGUUAUACUUGUACUGCUCACGACUUCCAGCAGAUGGGUACUUUAAACCGACUCCAAGGUGGGACAAACAGACUGGAACGUUGUAUCUUCCUAAGAGUUGUCCUCUACAAGUACAAGCUGUUAAUGUACAUGGUGAAUCAAAGUACUUAAAAAAUAUUGCAUGUCUUGAAGCAUGCAAACGACUUCAUAUGAUUGGAGCUUUGACAGAUAAUCUCGUUCCUUCUAUAGUCGUUGAAAAAGCAGAGGUGGAGGACUUUGGGAAUGAACCAUAUGACGAGGAUCAACCAAGUUACGUACCGCUUGAAUUGGUGAAUCGUAUGCCAAACAAUAGUAACACAAUAUACUAUUGUUAUUUAUUAGAGCUAAAACAAAAUUUUAGCUACGAUAUCACUGUGCAAGACAUUUUUCUUGCAACUAGAGUCAAGCUUGAUCUAGAAACUGAAUGCAUGCAAUUUAACAUGGGUUUCGAUAGAGGUAGCUUGUCUGUAAAUUUGAAAUACAAAGGAUCCAUUAAUCUCUCGCCGGAUCAGGUUCUUUUGUGUAAAAGAUUCCAAGUUAAUGUCCUUGGAAUUCUUAUGAACCAUAAAACAGAUAUGGAAACUGUUUCCGACAAGUUCUGUUUGGAAGAUGAUCUUGAGUUUGAUUAUCUUCUGCUGCCAUCUAUUGCUAUAGAGGAAACACCAUCUGUUGAUUGGAUAACAAUUAAUUCCAUACAUCCAUCUAUAGUUAAGUGUCUGCAUCAUGAAGCAAAUAUAUGGACUGAAAAGGGUUUAGUUUGCCCUUGCAUAUUGCGAAAUGCUUUGAUUUGUACUCCUCACAAUGGCCGUACCUACAUCACCACUGGUAUAAUGGAAUUGGAUGGAAAUUCACCUCUGGAAGUAGGGGAUGGUGAAGUUAUCACAUACAAGAAGUACUUUGGACAAAAACAUGGCAUUCAAUUGCGUUUUGAGCAUCAACGCCUACUUAAGGCAAGACAUGUUUUUCCAGUAAAAAAUUAUUGUCACGGAUAUAGGCAAGCGAAGGACAGAGAUGUGAGCAAGACCUUUGUUGAGUUACCUCCUGAACUUUGCUCUAUAAUCAUGUCACCAAUAUCAGUCCGAACUAUUUACUCAUUUUCCUUUAUUCCAUCGAUCAUGCAUAGACUUGAGUCAUUGCUUGUAGCUUUGAACUUUAAAAAGAUGCAUUUGAGUCUUUGCCCGCAGAACAGUAUUCAAACAUUCAAGGUCUUGGAAGCAAUGACCACAAAGUCAUGCAAGGAGAACUUUCAUUACGAGUCUCUGGAGACUCUAGGAGAUUCUUUUUUAAAAUACGCUGUUAGUCAACAGCUUUUUAAUAUGUAUGAAAAUCAUCACGAGGGUCUUCUUAGUGUGAAGAGGGAGAAGAUCAUUUGUAACGCUGCCCUCUGUAAGUUAGGUUGCAGUUCUAAACUUCCGGGCUUCAUACGGAAUGAGCCUUUUGAUCCUAAGACCUGGAUCAUUCCUGGAGUUAAAUCAAGAUGUUUUAAAUUAGAAGAGACAGUUUUCAAGGGGACAAAAAUAUAUACUCGCGGAAAUAGAAAAUUGAAACGGAAAAUUGCCGCUGAUGUUGUUGAAGCACUAAUUGGUGCCUUCCUUAGCACUGGUGGUGAGAUGGCUGCAUUGCUGUUUUUGGAUUGGGUUGGUAUCAAAGUGAAUUUCAAUAUUACACCCUAUGAGAGGCAAUUCGAUGCUUGUCCAGACAAUCUAAUCAAUGUCAGCUUUCUAGAAUCCCUCUUGAAGCACUCGUUUAGGGACCGUUCACUGUUAGUAGAAGCUAUGACACACGGUUCUUACAUGCUGCCUGAUGUGCCAAGAUGCUAUCAGCGACUUGAAUACUUAGGAGACGCGGUGUUGGAUUAUCUCAUUACUACACAUUUGUAUAAUGAACAUCCUGGCAUGACACCUGGGCAGUUAACUGAUAUGCGGUCAGCUUCUGUGAAUAACGACUGUUAUGCAAUGUCUGCCAUCAAGGUUCAACUGCAUAAACAUGUACUCCAUGCCUCUCAGGAGUUACAUAAACAUAUUGCAGCUACCCUUGAUAAAUUUGACGAACAGUCUUCAUCACAAACUUUUGGAUGGGAGUCCGAGGCUUCAUUCCCCAAGGUACUUGGAGACAUCAUAGAGUCUCUAGCUGGUGCUAUAUUUGUUGAUUCAGGAUACAACAAGGAGGUUGUGUGGCAAAGCAUAAGACCUCUUUUGGAACCCCUUGUGACACCUGAUACAUUAACGAUCCAUCCGAUCAGAGAACUAACUGAACUGUGUCAGAAAAUGAAUUAUACCAUGGAGAAGAACUUGUCCAGGAACGACGGAGUUACUAGCUGUAGAAUUGAGGUAAUUGCAGAUGGCAUAAUUCAUCAAUACGAGUACAAAGGUUCUACUGACAAGAAAACAGCUACAAGACUAGCCUGCAAGAGAGUUUUGAAUUCCUUGCAGUUGAAGGAAACACAAGACCAGUGAUAUAAUUGACUUGUGGAAUUGUAAAAACACAAGGCUGUAGUUUUUUAGCCUUGGUAUUAGGCUUUCUCCUUUCUAUGUGCAUCUUCUCUUUUUGUGCUGACAUUUGUAAAAACACAUGGAAAGCAACGAAGAGUCGUAUAAGGAACAAAAGAGUUUUUUUUUCUUUUUACAAUAAGGAACAAAAUAGUUUUA